GAGGCGCGCGGGGACGAGGCGGGAGAGCGCGGGGGUGCUGCGCCGCCGCCCCGCCGCCACCAUGGCAGGCCCGUGAGGCGCCUCCCGGAGGAGGGUCGCUUCGCCCGAGUAGGCGCCGCCGCCGCCGGAGCAGCCGCGGCGGUGGCGGUGGCGGUGGCGGCCGAGGAUGGGCCGGACCGCGGGACGCCCCGAGCGCCUGUGCCGGGGGCUGCUGGCGCUGCUGCUGGCGCUGGGACGCCUGGCGCCGCCGCUGCUGGCCAAGAGCCUGGAGCCGGUCUCCUGGAGCGCCGCCAACGCCAAGUUCAUGUCUGGCACAGGGCUGGUGAUUUACCCAGAAAUUGGGGACAAGCUGGACAUAAUCUGUCCGAAGGCAGAGCCAUCCAAACCGUAUGAAUAUUACAAACUGUACUUAGUGAAACGGGACCAAGCAGAGUUCUGCAGCACCAUCAUGGACCCAAAUGUGCUGGUGACCUGCAACAGGCCUGAGCUGGAAAUCCGCUUUACCAUCAAAUUUCAGGAGUUCAGCCCCAACUAUAUGGGCUUGGAAUUCAAAAGAUACCAGGAUUACUUUAUCACAUCCACGUCCAACGGGUCCCUUGAGGGCUUGGAGAACAGAGAAGGCGGGGUGUGCCAAACGCGCUCCAUGAAGAUCAUCAUGAAAGUGGGACAGGAUCCCAAUGCGGUGAUGCCAGAGCAGCUGACCACAAGCCGUCCCAGCAAGGAUUCAGGCAGUGCGGGGGACAUCGCCACGCAAAGCCCCCAUCACAGGUUCCCUUCUGUGGUGGAGGUCCCAGGGAAGCCAGACCCUGUUAACCAAGAUGGCCAGGAUACCCAAAGACCGACCGAUGGAUUCUUCAGCUCCAAGGUGGCCGUGUUUGCUGCGAUCGGGGCUGGCUGCGUCAUUUUCAUCCUCAUCCUCAUCUUCCUCAUCGUCCUUCUCAUCAAGAUCCGAAAACGACACCGGAAGCACACGCAGCAGCGGGCGGCGGCCCUGUCGCUCAGCACCCUGGCCAGCCCCAAGAGCAGCGGCAACGCCGGCUCCGAACCCAGCGACAUCAUCAUCCCCUUGCGGACUACAGAGAACAACUACUGCCCUCAUUACGAGAAAGUCAGCGGAGACUAUGGGCACCCGGUCUACAUUGUCCAGGAGAUGCCCCCCCAGAGCCCGGCUAACAUUUAUUACAAGGUUUGAGGACAAACCUUGCUGCCCACCGCAAAAGCCCUCCGGGUGCCAGGGGAGAGGAGGAGGAGGAGGGUCUGCUUGCCCCCUCGAGCACUCCCCGCCCUUGAUUAGCAUUUAGCCUUGUAGUUUGGAGCUUUUCAGACCCAGGAUUUGAGGGUGGGGGGGUGUCCUCUUGCCCCCCUCUGCUCCCAGCCCGCUUUGUGGCCCUCACUUGGGCUCUGUGCCUUUCUCGCUCUUGAACCCACCCGGGAAACCCCAAGAUGGCCGCCGCCUCGCUUUGGGGGUAGAUUUUCCGGCUCCUCAGUGUCGUUUUUUUCGGGGGGAGGGGCAUUGUUGGGAGGGAAGCCACACCAAGCCUGGCUCUCCAAGGGUGGGGGGGGCAUGCCAGUCCCUGCGGGGCAGAGCUUUGGACCAUGCUGAGAAAGGAGUCUGCCUAUAUAUAAAAUAAUUCUAAAGUAUUUUUUGUAACUUUUUAAAAAAUUGUGAAAGAUUGGACUUGUGAGCUGCCUCCUGCGGUUUCUCAGCACAAGCUCAUCUGCAGUCCUUCCCCUCCCCCCUGCCCCCCGCCCUAUCUCGGGCCUCAUCCACUCAUCCCACUGGACAGUCCUCUCCUCAUGCUCUAUGUCUGCUGCGAGAAAAGUGGAUCUUUCGUUCUUUUGGUUCUUUUUGCUAAUUUAUGAAACAAACAAACAAAAAAAAGUUUGCAAUGGUCAGUCCAGGAGAGAAUCUAGUUCUGAAAACCAACCGGAAUGGCUGUCCAGAGGUGGGCUGCUGUUCGUGCCCACCGGAGCAGCCCCCCUCCUGGGCCAGGGUGCAGAUGCGCGAGGGUGUUGUGAUGGCCAGGAUAGGAGUCUCCCUGAAUUCCCGAUUCCGUGACCCAGAAGAGGGGAAUGAAGGGAAAGCAUCCAUGGUCCCAGGACCCUUCCAGAAAGCCCGUGGAAGGGAGCUCAGCUUUUGGCUCUUCGGGGGUCCAGGAGGAGGAGCAACACAGACCCCUCGCCCCUUGCUUGGAUUCGGUCUCUUUUAUGCCCAAUUGCAGAAUGUGGCAAUCAUCCCCCCCCCCCAAUUUCUUUGAUCCAGCCACCCAUCCCAGAGCUCUUCAUUGGUUUGCUCCUGCCAGUCAUAUUAAUUCUAAUUGUGACUUCUGUGGCCUGCAAGGGCCCUUGAUUGGCCCCGGGCCUCUUCACGGGAGAGAAAGAAGCCCUCUGGGCUCAGCUUUCCCAGUGGGUGCAAGUGUCAAUCAAAGCCUCUGCCCCUCCCCUCCCCACCCAUCUCCUGCCCUGUAGGGGGCGAGUCUCCCCCUCCCUGGGUGGGCAGAAGGAAGCCGGCCCCCCAUUCCUCCUCACGCCUGCUUGGCUGCAGCAUCCUGGGCUCCGGGCCCUUUCACGGCCACCUUGCACCUGUCAUGCCAGAAGCCUUACUUUGCUCGGAGACGCUGCUGCGCUUCUUGCUCUGCGCUUCCGUGUCUCGCCCUCCACGCCUCCAUCAAACCCGGUUGCAGCUCACUGUCUGCCCCCCAGGCCGUCCGGCCCCACAGCAAGGCCCCAAGGCCGGCCUUCUGCCUGGCAGCUGGCGGCUGGCGGUUGGAGUCUGCCUCGGCCGCUCCCGAGAAGAUUGUGGGGUUGGCACUGUGCAGCCCUCAUCGGCCUGCCUGCCUUUUGGAGACCAACUUUUGCAAUAAACUGGUCCGGUCGGGGUGGGUGGGGGGUAGAGGCCCGUCUGCCCGGCUGACCAGUUGCCCAUCCUCAGAGACAGGCCCACCCAGGGCCCCUCCGGCUCCUCCCCAUCAGCAUUUCUAUGCAGGAUAUGAAGUGGGUGUGUCCGUCCGUCCGUUUGUCCGUCCGUCUGUGUAAGGGCUUAGGUUAAUUGUGCACUUUGAGGCGUGUUCAGUGGAGAUCAGCCAAGAAUUCAAGUUUCUCAGGGCUCCACAGAUAACCGACAGGUAAUUUUUAGUAGUGGUAGUAGUAGUAGUAGUAGUAAUAGCAGUAGUGUUCUUUUUAAAAUGUAAAGACUCUUCCCAUGGCCCCUUACUAUCUUACACCCAGUGGUAGGGAAGCCCCUCUCUGGCCCGGAGGAGGGGGCUGCCCCUGCAGUGGGAGGCUUUUAGCAUUUUGUUCUGAUUCCCAGACUUGGCAGCCGUCUGCCGAAUGGUGGAAGUGGCAGGUCAGAGGCCUCUCUUAGAAUCACUGACCCUCACAGGCUCCGGAGCCCCCUGGGGAAGGGAAGAGGGACCCCACACAAUCCAGCUGAGAGAGAUUGAGGGAGGAGAGGAGAGGAGGGAUUGUGUGGUUCCAACCAUAAACACGUAGGUUUUACACAGGGUGCAGCAAAAAAUAGGGGGAGAGAGAAGAUGCCAAUUGCGGUCCUUCAUGUAGGCACUCAAGAAAACUAAUUUACAAUCACGGCUUAUUUUCCUUUGUGUGCAGAAAUGGAAACCUGGCUGAGGUUCCCUUCGUGCUCCGUGCGGAACAACAAAAUAAGAGACACAUGAGGAGUUCGAUGCAGGCAAUUCAUUUUGUGUCGGGAAUUUUGCCUUGUGUGAAGUCCUCUCCAGUGUGACUUCUCUUUUCCUACACACACACACACAAUUUUGGGGGGCGAGGGGGGAGCAGAAGCAACUGGGAUGGCAAGAACCUUCAAAAGCUCAAGUUGGGCUCUAGAGCAGUGUUUCUCAACCUUGGAAGCUUGAAGAUGGGUGGACUUCAACUCCCAGAAUCCCCCAG